AUGAUGAACCAUGGACCGUAGAAAGGAGGAAUUAGAGAAAAAGAGACAGAAAUUAGCUGAACUACGUCGUGCACGAGAAGAACGUCGAGCUAUUCUUGAGAGUCAAUCGAACCACAGCAACUCAUCCUCUUCGUCGACUGCUGGUAAAGACAGGAAAGCGAUCGAUGAUCUCGUGGCGCUUGUUCUGGGUGAACGUUCAGCCAGCCCCUCCAUCGCGGCUGCUGGCAGCUCCGACCGAGGAUCAGACACAGGUUCGGAAUUCACUUCUUCACGACCGCAAUCAGCCAACUUUGGUUACUCGAUCCCCGGCACUCCCGUCAGCACUGAUCCGCGUUUAUCCAUCUCUUCACAGCCAGCCCCCGUAUCAGCCACCCCAACUUAUGUUGCUGAACUCACUGAAAUACAAGCACUGAUUGCUGAUAUUCCCCCACUCGAACGAGUGUCGUACAGCAAGGAAAUUCAAACUGCCGAAGGGUCUUUUGACGAACCACAAUUGACCGAAGAGGAAAUUCGACAGCAGAUCAUUGAAGAAUUGGAGUUGAAAGAGAAGCAGCGACAAGCUCAGUUGGAAGAGGAAAAAAAACGUGCUGAACAGGAAAAGAAUGAAGAACAACGAGAACUUUCGGAAGAGGAAAAGAAACUGAUCUUGUCGGCUCCUGAAUUCCAAGAAUUUGUGGACGUAUCUUCCAAAGUCAUCGAAAGAGCUUUGAAUGAGAAAUACGAUUUCAUGAAGGAUUAUACCCUAGGCAUUGAUGUGGAAAAUGAUGAAAAUUCAGGAAAACGGGUACGAUAUGUAUGUGAAUUUUGGGACGAUCGAUGGUCCAAAAACCGAUCCGUGACAGAUGUCGACUGGUCCUCAAAAUAUCCGGAAUUGCUUGUCUCCUCGUAUAAUAAAAAUCCCAUGGCUCUUAAUGAACCGGAUGGUGUCGCUUUGGUGUGGAAUCUUCAUUUACUAGAACGACCAGAAUUUAUCUUUCACUCACAGUCGGAUGUGUUGAGUGUCAAGUUCAGCAAGUUUCAUCCCAAUUACGUGAUUGGCGGUACUUAUUCUGGUCAAAUCGUGCUGUGGGACACGCGUGCCAAAUCGCUUCCGGUGCUGAAAACGCCUCUUUCGGCGGGCGGCCACACCCAUCCCGUGUAUUCAUUAGAGAUGGUGGGAACGCAGAAUGCGCAUAAUCUUAUCUCGGGUAGCACAGAUGGGUUUAUUUGUUCAUGGCAAUUGGAUAUGCUGGCACAGCCUCAGGAUUAUCUGGAACUGUUGCAUUCAACCCAUAAUAAAACCGAUGAAGUAUCGGUUACUUGUAUGGGAUUCCCAGAUAACGAAACAACAACCUUUUGGGUGGGCACAGAAGAAGGCAACGUAUACCAGGCGAAUAGAUACGAUCGCGCAGGAAGCAAGGCUGGUGUCAACCAAUAUGACACCUACCGUGGCCAUUACGGCGCAGUGACAGGACUGCAUUUCCAUCCUCUUUAUGGACCCGUGGACUUUUCAGACCUGUACUUAACUUCCUCCGUUGAUUGGACCGUGAAAUUAUGGCGAGCCAAGUCUAUUUCGAAAACGUCCACACAACCUGCUACAAUCACUCCCCUUUAUUCGUUCGAGCAAGCAGAUGAUUAUGUCUAUGACGUCAAAUGGUCGCCUUCACAUCCUGCUCUUUUUGGUUCAGUGGAUGGCAAUGGCCAAUUCGAUUUGUGGAAUAUUAAUUCGGAUACCGAAGAACCUCUGGUAAGCACGGCGGUCGGUUCGGGCAAAGCGCUGAAUAAAUUGGCUUGGGACAAGGACGGAAAAAAGACAGCAAUAGGAUCGAGUGAUGGUCGUGUUUACGUGUACGACAUUGGCGAGCUCGCCAAUCCCAAGCCUGACGAUUGGCAUUUAUUACAAAAGAAUAUUUCGGAAAUGAUUUCAAACCAGGAAGAUCCUGCAAAAUAAUAAUAAAUUUAGGCUUUUUUUUUCUGUUCCUCAUGGGCAUUCCAU